CGCCAUGUUGGAAAUGUCAUUUAAAUGUCAAAAUAAUCAACAAAAAUAGUUUAAAGUUGAUUAAAACAAUGUAAUUGGGUGUUUUUUGUGCGAAAUAUCACCAAGUGCGUGUUAUUUGAGUGUUUGGUGUAACCCCAAGUUAAUCAAUAAUUCACAUGGGACUCUCCUAUUUUGUAUAAAUUUGCCCACAUACUCUCUUAAAUAAACUCCACACCCUUAAUCGAUGCCAGUGUGAUUAUUCACACAUUCACUCGCCCCCUUUUCCAGAAUGGUCCGUGUUAUCUCCGUGCACCAUUUCGCCGGUCAAAACAUCCAAACCGUUGAACAGCCGACGGCAUGCACAGUCGCGCCCCCCGACAAGCUUCUCCUAGCCCUCACGAGCAAUUGCAUCGAAGUCCGAGACUUGAAAAACGAGUCUGAGGUCUUGUUUAGCUUCCCUUCAGUCGACGAAGUCAUCCAGAUUGUGCACUGUCGCAACGGCGACUUUGUGACCACGCUCGAGACCAAGUUCAAUCGCCAGAACAAAGACACGAAUUUCGUGCGUGUUUACAUCAAUUGGGACAGCGUGGCCGCCUUGCAGCAGUCGAAAAUGACCAGCAGUGGGGUCAGUUUGGGGGCCUCGGAGUGCGGGAUGGUGCAGCCGAUGCGGGCGAGGAUCGCCGGGAGAGUCACCCCCACGACGAAUCAGUCGGAAUUGGGGAGUUUGGAGAUGAUUGAAAUUCCGGUGAAACGCAAUCCGAAUUAUAUCGAGUGUUGUCAAGUCUCCGGAAAUUUGUUCAUUUUGUCGAAACGAAUCAUCAAUGUUUAUAAGUUUCAAGUUAAGACUCAUGAUAUUUCAAAGAUGAGGUUUAUUGAUUUCGAAGAGGUGGGGUUUUACUUGGAGUUGACGUUUUUCCCACAACAGAUGGCAGUGUGCGAGAAUUAUAUUGCGUGCAUGAAUAGCGACAAUAUGUAUUUGUUUAAGUUGGAUGAUGAGGGGGGCGAGGUGGGGGCGACGGGGGAGCAAAGUUUUAAUUUUGCAUAUUCUAACGACGACCCCAUCGACUUUGCAAAACUAAUCCGCGACGAAACUUUUGGAUCAACAAAAACCAAACUCACUGUUCACCUUCCUUCGAUAGUUCGCGAGAACAGCAUAAUCCACAAGCAUAGUCCUUUCACUUUUACUGAUAAAGAAAUGACAGCGAAAAUUCACUCAAACUCAUCGUCAGACCCCAAACUACCCCAAAUAGUAAACUUGAUCCAACUCAAACUAAUUCCAAUCUUAGUCGAAAACGCCCAACGUCAAAUAACCGAAGAAUUCAAAUGUAUGAUUUUAAAACCUCUCUACAUUGACGAAAAUUUGAACAAAAUCAAAGACACUAAAAUCUUGACAAGUGACUAUCGGAAGUGUCUCAAUAGUGUUGUUUGCAUGGUUGCGACCCAACAGGAAGGCUAUUUGCACUAUUUUUGCGAAAAUGAGGUCGAAAGUGACCAUUGUGUUGCCGUUUAUCCGUUUACAGCCCCCGUGCAGAGGCUAGUCAUGGAAGACUAUUUUCUUCAUGCACUUACCGAAACCGGCCUUGAGAGUUACACCCUACGUUUCGGUCAUAAACUCUUCAGGAGUUUUGAAAUAGUUGACGAUGUUAAUGUUGCUUCUCCGUCGAUAAAUGACGCUAUUUGUUUAGUAGGACUCCGCCCAUUUUUGGGGGUGGAGCAAAUCCUCCUCUCGGAGAAUAAUCUAGUCCUCCUUGCAAAUUCGGAAAGUUCGCCGACACAUUCCGUCAGUUCGAAUAGUAGUUCAAAUGCGUCCUAUUGGACCUUGUAUAAUUUAGAACUACCAACUCCGAAAACCAUAUUCAAUGAUAUUUCAAUCCUAGCCAAUGCGCAUCGAUUUACGUCAUCGCAAACCUACUGUCAUUUGAUGAGCGAAGCUCACGUGAUCUUGAGGGUGGGGCUUGUUUUAAAAAAAUGGGGCGUGGUUGAGGAAAAUGUCAAAUUGAUCAUUCCUGUCAAAAAUAACAUUGAUGAUGUUAUUGAAACGUACAGAACGUCGUGUGCUUUAUUAGCCGAUCAUUACAUAAUGUGUAAUGAGGAUUUUAAGUUGGCAAUACCGUACUAUAAAAUGGCGCGAGUUUUGCCAUCGGAAGUGUUACGAAGAGUGAAAAAAGUACAAGAACAAUCGAAUAAUUACGUGACUAAAGGUUUGAUGAAUUAUCUCAAAUCGGUUUUAUUGGAAGUUAAAUAUAGUUGGGAGGCGGAUAAGUUUUUUACCAGUGGUUCUAAACAGAAUUUCGCUGAAACGAUUUUGACAUUGUUGGAGAACCACAAUUUUGAGGAUUUGCCCAAUUUGAUACUCAAAAGUAGCAUUUUGAGGGAGUAUUCCACGGAUAAGUUGAUCCAGAUUUUGACGCAGAAGUUGCCCAGUGAGGGCCCAAAACUGACCGAAAAACAUCUAGCACUCGCCGUUCUCCAUACCCAAAAGUGCAAUACAUCGAAAUCCCAAGAAUCCUUAUCACAAAUUCCCGAAAACGAUCUUUUGACAGCUUUACAAGAAAACUGGGAGUUGCUUUUUGACACAACUCAAAGUUUUCAAGGAAAAACUAAAAUCGUGUCAACUUUUUCCGAAUUCGCUGUUGUUUUGAUAACCUCUCAAUCUGAUAUUUUGAGCCAAACUUUGGUUUAUUUAAUAAUGGAGAAAAAAUCAAUCAAUUUGAAUAAAUUAAUAAAGGUUUUUCUGGAGUAUUUACCCUCAAGUAUCGGGAGUGAUAGCAGUACUGCCAGUCUAGUCCUCCAAAAAACCCUAGAAUUAUAUUUCCAGAAAUAUUUUGAAAAAUUUGGCGAUUCAGAUAUUUCGAAAAUUAUCUACGAAAGGGGGGCCAACGAAGCGAUGAAAUUGCUAGUCCGGUCCUAUUUAUCCCAACUCCAAAUCUUCCAAUUGAAGGAAGAUAAUCAAAAAGAUGAAAUGUCGUCGAGUUUCAGCAAGCUGGAACGCGAAAUUUUAGGCGAAAAUGAGGAAAAAUCCAAGUAUUACUUCGACGAUAAGUUUGAUAAAAACCCGGAAAAUUACUUAUUUUCCCAAUUUCGGUACAAUUAUCUCGAUAAAAUGCCCCCGUUUCAAGUCGAAAUCACUUCGAAAUUAUUCGAGGCGUGCCUCGAAAAUUACACACCAAAGGGGAAUUACCGGCCCAAUGACGAAGCCGACCUCGUUUUGAAAAAACUUCAAGCCAUUUUGUCGAGUCAAAUCGUCUCGAAGCAGGUUUUAGGGGAAGUCAACGCGUUUUUGGGCCUCAAUGAGAAUUUGAGGGGGAGUUUGAGUCUCCAAUCGAUCAUUUUGAGUACGAAUGAUGCCAUUCAGUUGUUAAUUGAGGCAUGUCCUCAAUGUUUACUCCAAUUUGGCAAGGACCGGUUUUCGCGAACUGAUGAAUGGAAAUUUCUGAUUGCGUCGAUACAGAGACGGAUUUUGAGGUUAAGUCAGAACGAUGUUUUCAAAAGGGUUUGUUUCUUUCAUAAAAAACUACUGAAAGACAUUUUGACACAUGUGGCGACAUCUAUGACGUUGGAUCAGUUAGUUCAGGUAUUUCCGCAACGAAUUAGUACUUCCGAUUCGGAUAAUCGGAAUAGUGAGUUGGGUUAUGAUCUUGGUUAUUUAGAAAAUGAGUUGGAUGUUUUGAACGAAAUUCAAAAUUAUGAACCUUUUGUGAUUAUUUGUAAGGAGACGAUGCACGCGAAUCAAAUCAACAAGCUUAUUACGACCACAGGGCAGCAGUUGUUGUGCACUUUGAAUUUGUAGAUUUAGGGAAUUUAUUUUUGAAAUUCAUCGCUUCGACCAAAAAUUGAAACCAAAGCACAAAAUCCGAAUCGAUGUGGAAUUUUCUAAGCUUUAGGAUAGACUGACCUUUUUCUACACCCUGAUGAUGUUUUAUAACACAUUGCAAUUUUAUUAUUUUGUACAGGGUGCUGCAUUUUUUUUGAGAGUUUUUGAGAAAAUAAUAUUGGUUAAAACCGCAUCCCUCUAUCGUCUUUUGUUUUCGACAUAGAGUUGACAU